GGCAGGGGCGGGGAGAGGUGGGGAGCGAUGCUGGUCUGCGAGCGGCUGGGGCUGGCAGAGCAGCCUGGAGGCGGGCCAGGGCGCAAUGGAGGAAGGGGGCUCCCCGGGUUUGGAACAAAGACCUCGUGGGCAGGUCCCCUGAAUCCGGGCCGGCGGGAUGGUGGUGGUGCCGGAGAGAGGCUGCAGGCAGGAUGGUUGGUGUUGAAAGGAGCCAGCGGUGACCCUGGGGCCCCCUGCGGCAGCUCUGUCCCCUGAUGAAGAUGAAGAGGCCCAGGUGAAGCCCAGGCCAGCCCCGAUGGCCAGCUCGGGGACCGAGAUCCAAUGGACGGAGCCUGGCCUGGGGAAGGAGCCCCAGAGGCGGCGCUGGACCUGGGCUGAGGAGGAGGAAGACGCUGAGAGAGGAGGGGCACAAGGCUGGGGGCAAGAGGGGCCCCUUCCCGAAGUCACCAGCCCUGGGUUCCUAGAGGACUUCCGCCUGGCACAGCAGCGCCUCCCGCCGCCAGGGUGGGACCCAGACCCACAGCCUGAUGGGCCACAGGAUUCCGAGUCAGGAGGGUCUUCAGGAGAAGAGACUGAAGCAGAGGAUGUGGAUAGCCCAGACAGUUCCACCUUGCCUUCCAACUGGCUCCCCCACCGGGACCAUCAAUUGGACAUGACUGAAGAGGAACCAGAUGGGGCCAUUAGGAAUCUGGAGGCUGAGGAAGCUGAAGAAAACUCCCCAAGGUCAGGGUCCGAGACUGGUCUCAGCUCUGAGGGCAACGGAAAGACCAGCCCCAUGGCUCUUGGGCAGGGGUGGGCCAGGGGCUGGGUGGCCUCCAACAAACAAACCGGCGGAAGCAAACUUUCAGAACAUUCUGAAGCCAACCCAUCUGUUGAGCUCAGCCCCACAAGGUCCUGGAGCAGCGGAACUGUGAGCCUCGACCACCCUAGUGACAGCCUUGACUCCACCUGGGAAGGAGAGACUGACGUCCCCCAGCCCGCUGCCCUGGCAGAGACCUUGCCACAGAGCCCCAGCCUCCACCUCCUACACCCAGAUGACAGAACUGGAGGCAGUGUUGCUCGGGCAACCCCCGCAGAGUUCCAGGACUCCUCGGUACCCCCAUCCCAGAGCCCCCAGUGCGCUGCACAUAGAUGGAGGAGAGGAACCACCAGCCUCUCCCACCCCCAGCCCAAGGACCAAACCCAGAAGCCAACAAAGACAUCACCUAAGCCGCUCCCUUCCCGUUUCACCGGCUCCAUCAGCCCCCUGAAUCCUCCAUCUAGGCUAGCUUGGCAGGGCAGGCGGCCGCCCAGGCAGGGAGCCACUCUGGCUGGCCGCUCCUCUUCUGAUACUUCCAAGUAUGGCCGGGGACAGCUGAACUACCCACUCCCUGACUUCUCCAAGGUGGGGCCCCGCGUGAGGUUCCCCAAAGAUGAGAGCUACCGGCCCCCCAAGUCCAGAAGCCACAACAAGCAGCCUCAGGGCCCUACCAGGCCCCUCAUCUUCAAGUCACCGGCAGAGAUUGUACGGGAAGUGCUGUUGAGCAGUGGAGAAGCAGCCGUGGCGAAGGACCCACCUUCUGCCCACUCUACCACCACAGUUCCCCAAGAGUUUCAGACACCCGAACAAGCCACUGAGCUGGUCCAUCAGCUCCAGGAGGACUACCACAAGCUUCUCACCAAGUAUGCCGAGGCCGAGAACACCAUCGACCAGCUACGCCUUGGGGCCAAGGUGAACCUAUACUCGGACCCGCCCCAGCCCAGCCAUGGUGUCCACGCAGGAACGGUGCCCCAGGGGACCAAGGUCUUAGCCUUCACCAUUCCACAACCCCGCUCCGCACAGUGGUGGCCGGGCCCCGCCGAGGACCCCCGGGCCUCUGAGGCCUCAGGGUGGGCAUCGACUCGAGGAGACCUGAGCCCCUCCUCGCCCACCAGCACGCCCGCCCCAGGGAGGCCUUUGGAGAACCAGGGCAUCACCGAGGACCAGCCCUCUGCUGAGUGGACCCAGGCACUGGCCUCUCAGGCCAGCCAGUUCCUGGCCAAGGUGGAGUCCUUUGAAAGACUGAUGCAGGCGGGACAGCUCACACCCCAGGACCAACUCAAGGGCUUCCGGCGGCUGAAGGCUGCCCACGCGGCCCUGGAGGAGGAGUACUUACAGGCCUGUAGAGCGAGUCCCUGUGCCCAGAAGCUUGCUGGCUCCAAGGGAAUGCCUGGAGAAUUUGAUCCCAGCAGGGAGCUGGAGGCAGAGAUAUACCAACUGGGAGCUUUCCUGGAAGAGCUGAAGGACCACAUGGACCAGCCCCAAGAUGAGCCUGAGCCGGCUGAGCCAGGCCCAGCUCUGGACAGCGCACUAGCCAUGCCCUUUCCCCGCCCUCCUUCUGGACAAGCCCCCACACCUGCCGUCAAGAUUCCCUACACUGAGCCCGCCGCCACCGCCACCACCACUGGCCCCUGCCCAUCGCACGUGGAUGUGGAGGUGCGCUCUGGCAGCAGCGGGGUGGAGGACAGGCCACGGGACCUCCCGGGCCCACUCAGGCACAAGGAGGUGCAGAUGGAGCAGGAUUUCCAUGGCCUCCUGGAACGGUACCUGAGCGUGAAGUCUCUGCCGGAAGCCAUGAGGACAGAGGAGGAGGAGGAAGAGGAAGGCCAUAACCUGGAAGUUGACGGUCUGGCUCUGGCUCCAGGGAAGGCAGAGGCCACCAGGGUCCCCCCAAGGCAGCACCCAGCACAGGCUGAGAAGAGUCACGGGGCUCCCCUGGAAGAGGCCAUGGAACAGAUGGUGUCUGUGAAGCCAUCGGGCUUCCAGACCUCCCUGGCCAGAGAUAGGCACAUGCCGGGCCCGGGCAAGGCCAAGGCAGCGCCUCCAGGUCCCGGCAUGCCACCCCAGCCUCCGGGCACCAAAACCGCAACCUCCCACCAGAGCAGCAUGACCAGCCUGGAGGGAAGUGGCAUCUCUGAGCGUCUUCCCCAGAAGUCUUUGCGCCAAGCUGGCAGACCCCAUCUGGAGGAGCCCUGGAUGGUAUCCCCUGAGACGGACAGUGGCUUUGUGGGCUCAGAAACCAGCAGAGUGUCACCCUUCACCCAGACCCCAGAGCACCGGCUCUCCCACAGCAGCACCCCGGGAACAUUAUCCCAGCCCGCCACUGUGUCUGCGCCCCGGGAUGGAGCCUCCUACCCCAAGGCCAGGGGUUCUUCGGUCCCCAGAAGAGCUGCCGAGCCUAGCACACCCAGGAGCCGAGCCCAGAGACACCCUUCCGGCUCCAGCAGGUCUCUCCGGCAGAGGGCGCCCAGCCACAGCCUGGAAGCAACAUUGGCAACCCAGAUGGCAUCCCCCGGCUCAGAGUUCGAGAGGCACAAGCGGAUUUCUGAACUUCUCCUCCCCAGCAGGACAAUCAGCCCGCCCCCUACCCCGGCCCCUGCAGCUGCCCCUCUGCCCGGUGGGCCGACAGAGAUCACCCCCAACCUCCUGCUCACCAGGGCAGGGCGAGACCAGGCCAUCCGUGAACUACAAGAGGAGGUGUCCCGGCUCCGCCUAAGGCUGGAGGACAGCCUGCACCAGCCACCCCAGGGCAGCCCAGCGCGCCCAGCGUCUGCCUUGGACCACCCUGCCCGAACCCGGGACCGGCCAGCGGAUUCCCCCGCUGCCUGGGGCUCCCAUAGCAGCAGUAAGUCCACGGAGAGGUUGUCUGGUGAGCCCGGAGGCAAAAAGCAGACUGUCCCCGCGGGUCGGUGGAGAGCCAGGUCGUCGUCAGUGCCUCGGGAUGUGCCCCGACUGUUCCUGAGCUCGGAAUCUGAGUCCCCCUCCCCCCGGCUGUUCUCCGAGAAGAGCAGGACCACUGAGGACGGUCCACGGGCAGCUCGGGACAGAAGGAGAGGGAUGGGCAGUGCUGGACGGCCGGACAGGGUCACCUUCCGGGGCCACUACACAGGCCAGGAGUACCAUGUCCUGUCCCCCAAGACCACCCCAAAAGGCAGUGGUGCAGUCGCCUGCCCACACUGCCAGCCCACCAGGACCCAGGAUGCAGGCGGCGCUGCCACCAGCGACCCACCGGGGCCAUCUCCCACAGAUGCCCUUCGAUGUUCCCUGUGUGGUCGGGUUGGGUCCCCCCCGCAAGGAGAUGACCCGAGCUCAGCCACCUCUGGCCCAGAGAACGCCGCCACGAGAAGGAAUCCACCCUCCACCUCCAGCCCCAAGCAGAGGAGUAAGCAGGCGGGAUCGCCACCACGGCCGCCACCUGGACUGUGGUAUCUGGCGGCUGCGCCCCCGGCACCAGCCCCUCCGGCCUUUGCUUACGUCUCCUCGGUUCCCGUCAUGCCUUAUCCGCCAGCCACUGUGUUCUAUGCACCCGCAGGAGCUACCUCAGCCCCCUCGACCCGGGGACACCGGCACUCUAUCCAGCUCGACCCGGACGACCUGGAGGAGCUCAGCAGGGCCCUGAGCCAGGCCGCCCGGGCUGCUGAGAGCGUCCGCUCCGCCACUCGGCAGAUGAGACGCUCGCUGUCGGCCGACCUGCGCCAAGCUCGCAGCCUGCGGGACUCCUGCCUCUUCUGACUCCCUGGGGGC